AUGGAGAAUACUAAUGGCAUUAGCAUUCUAUAUGGAUCCGAGACUGGAAAUGCACAUGACUAUGCCCAAUAUUUGAGUCGGCGUCUCAGAUACUUUCUGAUAGAGCCUACUUUGGCUUCUAUGGAUGACUUUCCAUUGAAGAACUUGAUUACAAGUACUAAAUAUUUAAUCGUCAUUUGCUCAACUACAGGUCAGGGAGAGCUACCCCAUAAUUCAAAAAAAUUCAUGAAAUUUCUUCUUAAGAAAAAGUUGCCACAAGACCUUUUGGGUCAUAUCAGAAUAACAUCAUUUGGCAUAGGAGAUAGUUCUUAUCCAAAGUUCAAUUAUGCUAUUAAGAAAAUUCAUGCAAGGCUCAUGCAAUUAGGGUGCCAAGAGUUAAGUGCUAGAUGUGAAGCUGAUGAAUUAUCACCUGAAGGCAUAGACGGAUAUUAUAAAGAAUGGGAAGGGAAGGUUAUUGCAGCUUUACAGCUGCACAUACCUAGAAUGGUCGAGGUUGAUGAUUCAAUUCUGUUACCACCAGAAAAUCCAAUUAUCAUAAGUGAAAACGCCUCAAACGUUGAUACAAUACUGCAACACAAGGCACUAGUACUUUCAAGGAACCAAGAUGGUAUGAAGGUAGGCAAAAUUAAAUUGAACAAGAGGAUUACUCUGAUCGAUCAUUUCCAAGACGUUAGACAUAUCUUGAUCGAAUCUAAUGAUUUAGAUUAUUCACCUGGAGACACAGUCGCUCUCUAUCCCUGUAACGAUGAUACUAGCGUGGAAAUUUUGAUGCGUCUGCAGCCACAUUGGAUUCCUUAUGCUGACAAACCUUUGGAAAUUGGAAAUACAGUUCCCUCAAUUCCUGGUGGCUUUAUUGAAAAACUGAACCUUACCUUGAGGUCGCUUUUCAAGUACCAUUUAGAUAUCCAAUCAAUUCCACGAAGGUCAUUUUUCAUGUUAUUAUGGCAUUUUUGUGAUUCUUCAAGUGAAGAUGGAGCUCGUGAACAAGAAAAGUUGAAAGAAUUUAGCAGAAUCGAAGAAAGCGAAGAGCUUUAUAAUUAUGCAAACCGUCCAAGGCGACUGAUAUUAGAAACAGUGUUAGAAUUUCAACAGAACUUGAAAAUUCCCAUUGAAUAUGUUUUCGACUUGUUUCCCACUAUCAAGCCUCGAUUAUUUCUGAUAGCCUCCAAGCCAAGUCAAAACUUUAUAGAGAUUGUCGUAGCUAUUGUCGAAUAUAAAACAAUUAUUCGCAGAAUUCGGCGGGGUUUGUGCUCUAAAUGGCUUAAACUGCUUAAAGAAGGGGACCAGAUUACGAUUUCAGUUCAUAGAUCUGGACUUAGGUUUCAGCUGUCUGAUAUACCCCCUCCACCCAUUAUAAUGGUUGCACCAGGAACUGGAGUCGCUCCAAUGAAAUCUUUGAUUGAAGAUAUAUCGCUGAAGCACAGUGGACAAGAGUUACACUUAUUCUACGGCUGUCGUUACAAAGAUAAAGAUUUUUUAUUCUCUGAUAGGUGGCAGCAAUUAUCAAAAUCGGAGAGUUUUCAUAUAUAUCCUUGUUUUUCCAGAGACUUAUCCAGCGGCCCAAAAUAUGUGCAGCAUGAACUCUUUAAUAAAAAGAUGCUCAUCGGAGAUUUGAUUUUGAACAAAAAUGCAAUAGUCUUUGUCUGCGGUUCUAGUGGGAGUAUGCCUAGAGAAGUGCGAAUAACAUUAGUCGAGAUAUUGUCCAGUUUUAGGAAUAUGUCCACCCAAGAUGCUGAUGGCUAUCUUUUGUCAAUGGAAGGGAGCGGUAGAUAUAAGCAAGAAACAUGGUAA